AUGACCACACCCCCCCCCCCGAGGCUCACGGACCACCUACACCCGCAGAGAACACCCCGGGAGCGGACUGAAGAGCCAGGAUUUCACCCAGCGGUGACAGACUCCACGAUGAUGGCCUCCAGUGACGUGGACCGUAACGAUGACCAUAACCCUUCAGAGAUGGACGCUCUGUGCCCCAGUCCCCCCAGCCCCUCGCGGCCCCAGAGGAACUACGAGCGAAUGGGAGAGCGCACCGGCACCACAUUCUGCCAGACCCUGAUCCACCUGCUGAAAGGAAACAUUGGUACAGGAUUGCUGGGUUUGCCGUUGGCGGUGAAGAACGCCGGGCUGGUGGUGGGUCCAGUGAGUCUGUUGGUGAUGGGAGUAGUUGCGGUUCACUGCAUGAGGUUAUUGGUGAAAUGUUCUCAUCAUCUCAGUGAAAAAAUGAACCGUCCGUCAAUGUCGUACGGAGAAGUGGUGCAGCACGGGUUUGAGAACGUGUCAUGGCUCCGCAGGCAGUCACACUGGGGAAAGAGAAUUGUGGAUCUUUUUCUGAUCAUAACUCAGCUGGGAUUCUGCUGCGUCUACUUUGUUUUCCUGAGCGACAACGUCAAACAGGUGGUAGAAGCGGCCAACGCCACCUCCUUUACCUGCGAGCUGAACUUCACAAACCAGACCAGCGUGUUGGUGCCCAGCUUCGACUCGCGGCUCUACAUGCUCUGCUUCCUGCCCUUCUUCGUGCUGCUGGUCUUCACACCGAACCUCAAGUAUCUGGCGCCCCUGUCUCUGGUGGCGAACCUGGCCAUGAGCGCCAGUUUGGUGCUCAUUUACUUCUACUCGCUCACGGUGCAAAGGGAGAGGAGAGAGGAGAGAGAGGUGGAGAGAGGAGACAGGAGGAGAGAGAGAGGAGGAGAGGGAGAGGAGACAGAGGAGGAGAGGGAGAGGAGACAGAGGAGGAGAUGGAGAGGAGACAGAGGAGGAGAGGGAGAGGAGACAGAGGAGGAGAUGGAGAGGAGACAGAGGAGGAGAGAGAGAGGAGACAGAGGAGGAGAGGGAGAGGAGACAGAGGAGGAGAGGGAGAGGAGACAGAGGAGGAGGGAGAGGAGCCAGAGGAGGAGAGGGAGAGGAGCCAGAGGAGGAGAGGGAGAGGAGCCAGAGGAGGAGAGGGAGAGGAGACAGAGGAGGAGAUGGAGAGGAGACAGAGGAGGAGAUGGAGAGGAGACAGAGGAGGAGAUGGAGAGGAGACAGAGGAGGAGGGAGAGGAGCCAGAGGAGGAGAGGGAGAGGAGACAGAGGAGGAGAGGGAGAGGAGCCAGAGGAGGAGAGGGAGAGGAGCCAGAGGAGGAGAGGGAGAGGAGCCAGAGGAGGAGAGGGAGAGGAGACAGAGGAGGAGAUGGAGAGGAGACAGAGGAGGAGAUGGAGAGGAGACAGAGGAGGAGGGAGAGGAGACAGAGGAGGAGGGGGAGGAGCCAGAGGAGGAGAGGGAGAGGAGCCAGAGGAGGAGAGGGAGAGGAGCCAGAGGAGGAGAUGGAGAGGAGACAGAGGAGGAGAUGGAGAGGAGACAGAGGAGGAGAUGGAGAGGAGACAGAGGAGGAGAUGGAGAGGGGACAGAGCAGGAGAGAGAGAGGAGACAGAGGAGGAGAGGGAGAGGAGACAGAGGAGGAGGGAGAGGAGACAGAGGAGGAGAUGGAGAGGAGCCAGAGGAGGAGAGGGAGAGGAGCCAGAGGAGGAGAGGGAGAGGAGACAGAGGAGGAGAGGGAGAGGAGACAGAGGAGGAGAGGGAGAGGAGACAGAGGAGGAGAGGGAGAGGAGACAGAGGAGGAGAGGGAGAGGAGACAGAGGAGGAGAUGGAGAGGGGACAGAGGAGGAGAGAGAGAGGAGACAGAGGAGGAGAGGGAGAGGAGACAGAGGAGGAGGGAGAGGAGACAGAGGAGGGGAGGGAGAGGAGACAGAGGAGGAGAGGGAGAGGAGACAGAGGAGGAGAGGGAGAGGAGACAGAGGAGGAGAGGGAGAGGGGACAGAGGAGGAGAGGGAGAGGAGACAGAGGAGGAGAGGGAGAGGGGACAGAGGAGGAGAGGGAGAGGAGACAGAGGAGGAGAUGGAGAGGGGACAGAGGAGGAGAGGGAGAGGGGACAGAGAGGGAGAGGAGAGAGGGAGAGGAGACAGAGGAGGAGAGGGAGAGGAGACAGAGGAGGAGAUGGAGAGGAGCCAGGAGGAGAGAGAGAGAGGAGGAGGAGGAGAGGGAGAGGAGACAGAGGAGGAGAGGGAGAGGAGACAGAGGAGGAGAUGGAGAGGAGACAGAGGAGGAGAUGGAGAGGAGACAGAGGAGGAGAGGGAGAGGAGACAGAGGAGGAGAGAGAGAGGAGACAGAGGAGGAGAGGGAGAGGGGACAGAGGAGGAGAUGGAGAGGAGACAGGAGGAGAGGGAGAGGAGACAGAGGAGGAGGGAGAGGAGACAGAGGAGGAGAGGGAGAGGAGACAGAGGAGGAGAUGGAGAGGGGACUGAGGAGGAGAGGGAGAGGAGACAGAGGAGGAGAUGGAGAGGAGCCAGAGGAGGAGAGGCAGAGGAGGAGAGAGAGGAGACAGAGGAGGAGAGGGAGAGGAGACAGAGGAGGAGAGGGAGAGGAGACAGAGGAGGAGAGGGAGAGGAGACAGAGGAGGAGAGGGAGAGGAGACAGAGGAGGAGAUGGAGAGGAGACAGAGGAGGAGAUGGAGAGGAGACAGAGGAGGAGAUGGAGAGGAGACAGAGGAGGAGAGGGAGAGGAGACAGAGGAGGAGAUGGAGAGGAGACAGAGGAGGAGAUGGAGAGGAGCCAGGAGGAGAGAGAGAGGAGACAGAGGAGGAGAUGGAGAGGGGACAGAGGAGGAGAGAGAGAGGAGACAGAGGAGGAGAGGGAGAGGAGACAGAGGAGGAGGGAGAGGAGACAGAGGAGGGGAGGGAGAGGAGACAGAGGAGGAGAGGGAGAGGAGACAGAGGAGGAGAGGGAGAGGAGACAGAGGAGGAGAGGGAGAGGGGACAGAGGAGGAGAGGGAGAGGAGACAGAGGAGGAGAGGGAGAGGGGACAGAGGAGGAGAGGGAGAGGAGACAGAGGAGGAGAUGGAGAGGGGACUGAGGAGGAGAGGGAGAGGAGACAGAGGAGGAGGGAGAGGAGACAGAGGAGGAGAUGGAGAGGGGACAGAGGAGGAGAGGAGGGAGAGGAGAGAGGAGAGAGGAGAGAGAGGAGACAGAGGAGGAGAGGGAGAGGAGACAGAGGAGGAGAUGGAGAGGAGCCAGGAGGGAGAGAGAGAGAGGAGGAGGAGAGGGAGAGGAGACAGAGGAGGAGAGGGAGAGGAGACAGAGGAGGAGAUGGAGAGGAGACAGAGGAGGAGAUGGAGAGGAGACAGAGGAGGAGAGGGAGAGGAGACAGAGGAGAGAGAGAGAGAGGAGACAGAGGAGGAGAGGGAGAGGGGACAGAGGAGGAGAUGGAGAGGAGACAGGAGGAGAGGGAGAGGAGACAGAGGAGGAGGGAGAGGAGACAGAGGAGGAGAGGGAGAGGAGACAGAGGAGGAGAUGGAGAGGGGACUGAGGAGGAGAGGGAGAGGAGACAGAGGAGGAGAUGGAGAGGAGCCAGAGGAGGAGAGGCAGAGAGGAGGAGAGAGAGGAGACAGAGGAGGAGAGGGAGAGGAGACAGAGGAGGAGAGGGAGAGGAGACAGAGGAGGAGAGGGAGAGGAGACAGAGGAGGAGAGGGAGAGGAGACAGAGGAGGAGAUGGAGAGGAGACAGAGGAGGAGAUGGAGAGGAGACAGAGGAGGAGAGGGAGAGGAGACAGAGGAGGAGAUGGAGAGGAGACAGAGGAGGAGAUGGAGAGGAGCCAGGAGGAGAGAGAGAGGAGACAGAGGAGGAGAUGGAGAGUAAGGAGAUGGAGAGUAGACAGAGGAGGAGAGGGAGAGGAGCCAGGAGGAGAGGGAGAGGAGACAGAGGAGGAGAGGGAGAGGAGACAGAGGAGGAGAGGGAGAGGAGACCGAGGAGGAGAGGGAGAGGAGACCGAGGAGGAGAGGGAGAGGAGACAGAGGAGGAGAGGGAGAGGAGACAGAGGAGGAGACAGAGGAGGAGAGGGAGAGGAGACAGAGGAGGAGAGGGAGAGGGGACAGAGGAGGAGAUGGAGAGGAGACAGAGGAGGAGAGGGAGAGGAGACAGAGGAGGAGAGGGAGAGGGGACAGAGGAGGAGAUGGAGAGGAGCCAGGAGGAGAGGGAGAGGAGCCAGGAGGAGAGAGAGAGGAGGAGGAGAGGGAGAGGAGACAGGAGGAGGAGAGGGAGAGGGGACAGAGGAGGAGAGGGAGAGGGGACAGAGGAGGAGAUGGAGAGGAGACAGGAGGAGGAGAUGGAGAGGAGCCAGGAGGAGAGAGAGGAGGAGGAGAGGGAGAGGAGGAGGAGAGGGAGAGGAGACAGGAGGAGGAGAUGGAGAGGAGCCAGGAGGAGAGGGAGAGGAGACAGGAGGAGAGAGAGGAGGAGGAGAGGGAGAGGAGACAGAGGAGGAGGGAGAGGAGACAGAGGAGGAGAGGGAGAGGAGACAGAGAGGGAGAGGAGACAGAGGAGGAGAGGGAGAGGAGACAGAGGAGGAGAGGGAGAGGAGGAGAUGGAGAGGAGCCAGGAGGAGAUGGAGAGGAGACAGGAGGAGAGAGAGAGGAGGAGGAGAGGGAGAGGAGACAGAGGAGGAGGGAGAGGAGACAGAGAGGGAGAGGAGACAGAGAGGGAGAGGAGACAGAGAGGGAGAGGAGACAGAGGAGGAGGGAGAGGAGACAGAGGAGGAGAGGGAGAGGAGACAGAGAGGGAGAGGAGACAGAGGAGGAGAUGGAGAGGAGACAGAGGAGGAGAUGGAGAGGAGCCAGGAGGAGAGGGAGAGGAGACAGGAGGAGAGAGAGAGGAGGAGGAGAGGGAGAGGAGACAGAGGAGGAGAGGGAGAGGAGACAGAGGAGGAGAGGGAGAGGGGACAGAGGAGGAGACGGAGAGGAGGGACAGAGGAGGAGAUGGAGAGGAGACAGAGGAGGAGAUGGAGAGGAGACAGAGGAGGAGAUGGAGAGGAGACAGAGGAGGAGAUGGAGAGGAGACAGGAGAGGAGGAGAUGGAGAGGAGCCAGGAGAGAGAGAGAGAGAGGAGACAGAGGAGGAGAUGGAGAGGAGACAGAGGAGGAGAGAGAGGAGGAGGAGGAGAGGGAGAGGAGACAGAGGAGGAGAUGGAGAGGAGCCAGGAGGAGAGGGAGAGGAGACAGAGGAGGAGAGGAGAGGAGAGGAGGAGAGCCAGGAGGAGAGGGAGAGAGAGGAGGAGGAGAGGGAGAGGAGCCAGGAGGAGAGGGAGAGGAGAGAGAGGAGAGAGGAGAGAAAGUAGAGGGAGAGGAGAGAGAGAGAUGA